UAAAAACAGCAGACAUAGAGGAGGAAAAAAAGCAAAGUUAUCCAUUGAACUAGAGUCUUUGCCCUCUCCUAAUUACGUCAAGUCCCGUAUCUUUUCCCUUUUUUCCCUUUUUUCUUCACUCUCUUAGACUUAGUGUUAGUGAUAAUUAGCUAGAAGAGAAUAAAACCAGCUGAUCGAGAGAGGGGUGGUGCAUUUUGGAGCGAGAUGGCUAACAGAAACAUGCUGUUCCUCUUCUGUGGACUCUUCCUCAUAGUACUGAUUCAGCCUUCUCUUCAAGGAGGUGUGUAUGUACCACCUGGUGCUGGGAUAGGACCAGGAGGCGUCGGACCAGGAACUGGAUACUUUCCAGGAUCUACUGGAGGAGUCCCGGCGGGCUAUAAACCAGCGAAAGCAGCAGGAGGUUAUGGAACUGGAGCCCGCGGUGUAGGCCCAGGUGGUUUGGUGCCAGGAGGCAUUGGACCUGGUGGCAUUGGAGGAUUGGGAGCAGGACAAGGUGGAAAGGCCCCUAAACCUGGUUAUGGAAAUCUAGGAGUUGGUGGUCUUGGAGGUGGGGGCCUUGGAGGAGGUGGUUAUGGAGGAUAUGGCGGAGCUGGAGGCUUCUACCCAGGGGUUGGACAAAAGGCUGCCAAAAGAGGUGCUGGAGGCCCUCUGCUACCACAAGGAGGGGCAGGAGCAGGACCUGGAGGAGCAGGAACUGGAGCCGCACUGCCAGCUGGAGUCCCUGUUAUUCCUCAGACAGGCCUUCCAGGAGGAGCUGGUGUUGGAGCGGGAAAGAAAGCUUCCAAAGUUCCAGGUGUUGGUGUACCAGGACUUUACCAAGGUGGAAUGGUACCAGGGAAAGGGUUUGGUGGACGCGGAGUUCUGCCGGGAGUAGCCACUGGCACCGACCUGAAUCAGAAAUCAAUUGGAGGUGGAGGCCAGGGAGGUGUAGGACCAGGAGGCCGUGGGUACGGUGGACAGACAGGAGUUUUUCACGGAUACCCCCUCAAAUCACCCAAAGUUCCAGGUGCCUAUGGAGCAAAACCUGGAGGUGGCAAACUUCCCUAUGGUUAUGGGGGCUUUGGUGCUGGAGCAGCUGGACUUCCAGGAAAAGGUGGCCCUGGUUAUCCUGUUGGAACUGGAGUGGGUCCCGGUGGCCUCUCUCCUGCUCAAGCUAAAGCAGCCAAAUAUGGUUUGGGCGGUCUUGGAGGCGCGGGAGGUGUUGGGGGCACUGGUGGAGCAUUUCCAGGGCAGGUGCCAGGAGCAGGCUAUGGGGCUGGAUCCAAGGCUGCUAAAUAUGGAGUACCAGGAGGAGUACCAGGAGGAGUACCAGGAGGUGUACCAGGUGGAGUACCAGGAGGAGUACCAGGAGGAGUACCAGGAGGUGUACCAGGUGGAGUGCCAGGAGGUGGAUAUUCAGCAGCAGCCAAAGCAGCUAAAUAUGGACAAGGAGCAGCAGGAGGACUAGGAGGACUGGGAGGACUGGGAGGAGCAGGAGGACAGGGAGGACUGGGAGGAGCAGGAGGAUACCCAGCCGCUGCAAAAGCUGCUAAAUAUGGAGUAGGAGGACUGGGAGGUACAGGACUGGGAGGAACAGGACUGGGAGGAGCAGGAGGAUAUCCAGCCGCUGCAAAAGCUGCUAAAUAUGGAGCAGCAGGACAACUAGGGGCAGGAGGACUGGGAGGAGCCGGUGGAGGAUACCCAGCUGCUGCUGCUGCUGCAGCUAAAGCUGCCAAAUACGGUCAAGGUGGUGGUGCAGGGGUAUUUCCAGGUGGUGCUGGAGGUGGAGUUCCUGCAAGAGUCCCAUUUUUCCCAGGAUAUGGAUCUUUGGCAGCUGGAGCAAAACCUCCUAAAUAUGGAGUCCCAGGAGCAGGCCUAGGAGGAGGGGGAGUCCCAGGAGGAGCAGGACAGGUUCCAACAGGGGGCGCUGGUUAUGGAGCUGGUGCUGGAGUCAAACCCCCGAAGUAUGGAGUUCCAGGAGGAGCAGGAGCAGGAUUAGGAGCAGGAGGUGCAGGAUUAGUACCCGGUCAAGUACCAGGAGCUGGACAAUACCCAGGAGCUGGACAAUACCCUGCUGCUGCUGCAAAAGCUGCAAAAUACGGAGUUCCAGGAGGAGCAGGAGCAGGGCUAGGAACAGGAGGUGCAGGAUUAGUACCCGGUCAAGUACCAGGAGCUGGACAAUACCCAGGAGCUGGACAAUACCCUGCUGCUGCAAAAGCUGCAAAAUACGGAGUUCCAGGAGGAGCAGGAGCAGGGCUAAGAACAGGAGGUGCAGGAUUAGUACCCGGUCAAGUACCAGGAGCUGGACAAUACCCAGGAACUGGACAAUACCCAGGAGCUGGACAAUACCCUGCUGCUGCAAAAGCUGCAAAAUACGGAGUUCCAGGAGGAGCAGGAGCAGGGCUAGGAACAGGAGGUGCAGGAUUAGUACCCGGUCAAGUACCAGGAACUGGACAAUACCCAGGAGCUGGACAAUACCCUGCUGCUGCAAAAGCUGCAAAAUACGGAGUUCCAGGAGGAGCACGAGCAGGGCUAAGAACAGGAGGUGCAGGAUUAGUACCCGGUCAAGUACCAGGAACUGGACAAUACCCAGGAGCUGGACAAUACCCUGCUGCUGCUGCAAAAGCUGCAAAAUACGGAGUUCCAGGAGGAGCAGGAGCAGGGCUAGGAACAGGAGGCUUCGGAGGGGCAGGAAGAGUACCUGGCGGUGGACAAUACCCAGGAGCUGGACAAUACCCUGCUGCUGCAAAAGCUGCUAAAUACGGAGUUCCAGGAGGAGCUGGAGCAGGGUUAGGAACAGGAGUCUUCGGAGGGGCAAGAGGAGCAGGUUCGGUACCAGGAGGUGGACAAUACUCCCCUGCUGCAAAAGCUGCUAAAUACGGAGUUGCAGGAGGAGCAGGAGCAGGGUUAGGAGCAGGAGGACUGGGAGGAGCAGGAGGAGCUGGUUUGGUACCAGGAGGUGGACAAUACUAUGCUGCUGCAAAAGCUGCUAAAUAUGGAGUUGCAGGAGGAGCAGGGUUAGGAACAGGAGGACUGGGAGGAGCAGGAGGUGGACAAUACUCUGCUGCUGCAAAAGCUGCUAAAUACGGACUGCCAGGAGGAGCAGGUGGAGUACCUGGCGGUGUACCUGGUGGUGUACCUGGUGGUGUACCUGGUGGUGUACCUGGUGGUGUACCUGGAGGGUUUGGAGGAUAUCCAGGCGGUGUGAAACCACCUAAAUAUGGAGUCACCGGAGUAGGACUUGCCGUCCCAGGAGCUACACCAGGUCAGGCUGUCGGUGUUGUCCCAGGUGGUACAGGCCUUCCUGUAGGUUUAAAACCAGGAAAGGACGUUGUUCCUGAGGGAACCCCUGAUCCAGGUACAGUCAAACACUGUGUAAUAUAUCUACAGCAUACGGGAGUAUAG